AUGUACGACCAUUCGCAGCGACGAACUGAGCGCAGAAUGGGGAGUUUUGCUGCCCGAUUGUCAAAGGCGCUGGCAGAAGAGUCCUCGAUAGACUCUGAGUCUUCUGACCGCCCCGAGGACGAUGAACCUCACGAUGAAGCACAUGAUCCCGUCAAGAAGAGACAAGCUGCGAGCGAGAAAGACUCUCUCAAGAGACGUCCCCAGGCGCAUGCGAAUGCGGCCAACCAGCCAAUUCGGCGAGUGAGGUUUCGAGAAGAUGAAGACUGCGCACGGAGGAAAAUUGAAUACUUGGAAGGGGAAGUCGAGGCUCUCAAAAAGAAG